AUGAAGUACCUUGCUAACUCGAGCACAAAGAUAAAGUUAAUGGAAGAAACUAAAAAAAUAAGGAGCAAAAAAGAAGAAGAUGAAUAUGUGAAGGACUAUAUAAAUAACAACAUUAAGAAUAUAGAGGAUGUGGAAAUGCAUGUAGAAAAAAUGAACAAAGAAAUAGUUGAACUAGAUAAAGCAAUAAAUGAUAAGGUAGAAAAUCAUGUGUUAAGUAAAAAUGAAUAUGAAGAAAAAUUAAAAAGUAUAAAAGAAAAAAUGAAAUUAAUAAAUAAUAAAAUGGAACAAGUUGAUAAAAAAACAGAAGAAAGUGAAGAUAUAUUAAUAAAGUUAUGUAAAGAUAUUAAAAAAUUAGAUAUAGGAAAAAAGAAUGUCACAGAAACUAUUAUUAUAUUAAAGAGAAUUGUAAUGGUUAUUACAGCUAUUAGUAACUUAAAGAAAAAAGCGUUAAAAAGAGAUUACAAAGAUUGUAUAUCACUUGUAUCUGUAAUUAAAUUAAUGCUUACACAUAUAUCAGACUUAAAGACUAACAAUAAAUUGAGUUCUUUAUAUAAUGAUGCAAAUAUCCUAUUUGAUGAUUUAAAGCAUCAAAUAAUGGAGGAUAUAGACCUAAUUUACGAUUCGGAUGUACAUAUAGAAAAUAACAUUGUCAUCUUGAGCGAAUUUAGCUAUGAUUCCAUCAGUUUUAGUAAUUAUAGUAGUAUUAACAAUCUUAAUAGUGAUAUUCCGAGUGGAAGUAGUAAUAACAGAAGCAGUCAUAAUAGCAGCACUCAUAAUAGUCAAAGCCAUAAUGGUCUCAGCAAUGAUAAGGACAAAAUGAACAUCAAUCUGUUUGAUGCGUGUAAUUGCCUAUACCAUUUAAACCCCAAUUUUGUGAACAGUGUAGCAAAAAAAUUUACGACUUUUUUUUUAGAAAAAUACGUAUUAAUUUUUGAAAAUCAAGUUAAUACAUUGGAAAGCAUAGACAGAAGGUUGGCAUGGCUAAAGCGAUCAUUGAAUAAUUAUGAAAAUACAUAUGCACAUAUUUUUCCAAGAAUUUAUAAUAUACCAUAUUACAUUGUAAGUAAAUUUUGUUCUAUCACAAAAAAUCAUAUUGUAAAAAUUAUGUCUUCUUCUAUGGAGGAAAUGAAUCCUGUUUCGAUAAUUCAGACAGUCAUAAAAGUUAUAAAUUUCGAAAAUUUUUUAACAAAAAAUAUUACAUUUUUCACUGAAGAAAAUGGUGUAUCAUAUGACAGUUACUCCUCCUUGGAAUUCCCUUUUCCUGAGCUUAUAAUUCAAAAAGAGUUAACACAAAUGGACUGUAACAAAUGUGCAAAUGAUGAUCUAAAUGAACACAGUCACAUGAAAAAAAGUAAGGAGUCCUUUUUAUCUUUUGCUAUGCACAAUAUCAUAAAGAAUAUUUCAAAAGAGGGUACAAACAACAAGCAAAUUGAAGAAGUGGAGAAAAAAGGUAAAGAAGCGAAAUUUGCUAGUGGAAAUACUAUUAAUUAUGAUAUGCAUGAAGGAGCGGUGAAAAAUGAUUUUCCGCAUAAUGGUAGGGAUGUAAGUAAGAGUACAACUCCUAUUAGUAUUCCUAUCGAAAAUACAUCCAAUUAUAGUAGUAACAAAAUAGAAACUAACAAUAACCUAGUGAACAGCACGAAAGAGAGAAGUAGAUGCCAUGCUAAAGUGCCAAAUGAACAAAAUGGAGAGAGUAGAGAAAAGGAACAAAAGGGGCAAAAUUUUAUAGGAAUAAUUUCCUGCGUCUUUGACAGCUACCUGUGCAGUUGGCUCAAGUACGAGGAGAAAAAAAUACUAAUGAAAUAUGAAAAUAUCAUAAGCGAUGAAAAUAAAGAGGACAUAUUUGAUAUCACAAGGGAUAAUGAAACGAAGGUACAAAAUUUUGUGAAGGACACUUUUGAUGAUAUCAAAAAUUUUUUAAAUAAAAAUAAAUAUAUUCCAGAAAUAAAUUUUGAAAUUAUGGGGGAAAAACAUACCGUAUAUAAGUCAGCAUAUAAAAUUUUUUACUUAUACAAAAGUUAUGUAAAUAUGAUAUUGUUAUUUAGUAACUGUCAGACUUUAUAUGAUUUCGUAAUGUUUUUUAAAACUUUAUUAUUAAAGUAUAGUGAAGAAUUAAAUACCAGAACAAUAAAAGAAAUUAAAGAAGAAAAUAAAAUUCAGAAUUUCAAAUUAUUAUCUAUUUUAAUUAAUACAAGUUAUUACGUAGAACAAACUAUUAAUGAAGCUAAUGAAAAUAUCAUAAAAGAUAUCGACCCAAUUUUUAUGGAAAAAAUAUCACUUAAAGAUGAAGAAAAAUUAUUUUUAAAUAUAAAAACUAAUUGUAUAAAAGUGAUUAUUUCCUAUAUACAAAAAAAAAUUAAUAAUAUCAUUUCAAAUAACUCUAUUGUUAACAUAUAUGAUAUAAAUCACCUUCAGGAAAAGUCCUCAUAUAUAUUGGAGAUGGAAAAUUUUCUUCACAAGUAUUUUAUAUUUUUUAAAAAAAUUUUUAAUGACACAUAUUUAACUUACUUAUUUGAAAAAACGACCACAUUAAUAAUUCAACAAUUUCAUCACACUAUUUUUUCUUUUAAAUUUAUGACCAAUAUAACAGCACAACAAUUGCUUCUAGAUUGUUAUGAAAUUCAGAAAGUUUUACUUAAAAUACCAUUAGAAGCGAGUAGUAAAAAAAAGGGGCCAAACGAUGAAAAAAAUAGAACAGCAAUAAAUGAUGGUGAAUAUACAGGUAACACUAUGAAUGAAAAUGUGGACGAGUAUGUGGGCGAAAAUGUGGGCGAAAAUGGGGGCGAAAAAAGGAAGCAACAAAUUUCUAUACCAUCAAAUAUGCUCACUCUAAAUACAGAUAUAGAUGACUGCUUUAUUCCCCAAACAUAUUUUAAUUAUGUCAAGAAACAUAUGAAUAAAAUUGAAUUAUUAAUUAAAAUAUUCCUCUCGAAUAUUUAUGAUAUGAACUCCUUCAACUUACUACUCACAGAAAAUAACAAUAUAUGUACCAUACAGGAGAUCGAAAAAAUAUUAUCUCUAAAAGAAAACAAAGGUGAAAACAUCCCAAACGAGCUAAACUUACAUAAAAAUUAUGUACAUGAUAUUAAGGAGAGGGGAAUAAAAGCUGCAGAGGAAGUUAAGUUUUUUUUCAAUAAAAUUACGAGCAUAUAG